CAAACCUAGGCUUGAAGUGCGUCAGCGACAAACACAACCUGAGGCGCAGCAGGAGCAGCUACCGCAGCGACAACAACAACAACAACAAGAGCAGCAGCAGCAGCAGCAAGCACAGGAGGAAGUUCUGUCAUCCUCGGCCGAUCAGAUGAAUCAGGUUUCGCAAGAAGUUUUGAGCCAGCUCAACAACAAGCUGAAUGAACUGCAGAUUGCGGCCCAACAAGGGACCAACAAUCUGGAGGCGUCGAUGCAAUAUGCCGCCAAGGCUGCUGCGCAAAUUUACCAAGCCGCGAUCGUACCAUUUGUACAACAUACUACCCCACCUGUUUGUAACAAUUGCGCCAGGAGCUUUGACGCCAAUACCUCACGUUUUCAUUGUAUUCAUUGCACGUCGUACAACUUGUGUCAUUCUUGCGCACAGAAUGUCAGCCACACUCAUUCGUUGAUGGAAGUCCCAGGUGCCAACUGCAAGCGGGCACAAGAGGCAUCCAGUGCAGCAUACGUCUGUAAUUUCUGCGAAGCGUGGAUUGACGGCGCUCGCCACUCGUGCUCGGUCUGCCAAGACUUUGAUCUUUGCCAGGGAUGCUUUGCGAUUGUCAAAGAAAAUCACGCUCCACAUGUGUUUGUCACGCAUGUUCCACGGCCACGUACAGAACAAGAAACUGCCGACAAGAGCAGUAGUAAUGUACUGCACAGGGGUAUCGUUUGUGAUCGAUGCGACGGUGACGUCCGUGGUAUCCGCUACAAGUGUGGCCACUGCCCUGACUUUGACCUGUGCAGCAAAUGCGAACCGUUUGCGCCGACAUGCCACAACAGUGCUCACGUGUUUCUAAAGAUCAGAUCUCCAGUCGCAACAAGCUCAAGCUUUGCGCUGCUGCCUCGCUUCCAGGCACUCGCUCCUCAAGAACCAGCUCGAUCUCAGUCGAGCCAUAGGUGUUUUUCUGCGUGUGCCCAGCCGACACAAGCACCCGGACCCACAGCCAAUCCAACCUUGUUCGGCACCAGCAACAACAGCGAUGCAAAAGUACCAGCAGCAGCAGCAGCAGCAGCAGCUUCUUCUUCCAGCAACACAAGCCUUGCGACUACUGAAACGGCCGCCACAGUUGCAAAACCAGAAGAACACAAUGUCAAAGCGACAACGACAGUAGAGCCAGCGCAGCAGCAGUCUACAGUGUCAAGUCUAUCUGCCGCUUUUGUUGAAGACGUGAAUUACCCCGACGGCACCGUUGUUCGAGGUGGAAGCACUGUUUUAAAGAUAUGGAAAAUGACCAAUGAUGGACGAGUCGCAUGGCCCGAAGGAUCUGUUUUGGUCUGCACCGGUGGCGACUCUAUACAACAACCUGGUGGCAACGUUCAUGUGAUUGCAGCCAAACCGGGCGAAAGCGCUACAGUGCUCGCUACACUCAAGAUGCCAAGAAACCCGGGCAAAUACAAGACCUAUUUCCGGUUAAGUGCACCCCACGGUUCCAUGUUUGGACCUGUUUUGUGGAGUGAGCUUCAAGUACACCCUCCAUCCACACCAGCUUCAAGGGCGGGAUCAGUAGCGUCGUUUGGAGGAGCAUCAACGAUCACAACGACAGCAGCAGCACCUUUGAAUUCAGGAUCAACAACAACAUUUGGUGGUGGUAAUAUGAGCGGUGACGAGCUCUCUUCAAAAACGGCAUCAUCCUUGUCCCUGAGUAGCUCGAUGAUCUACCCAACGCUCAGAACAUCGACUACCGUGAAUGAAGAAGUCCAAUCCAUCGCAGGCACUGUCACCACAACAGCAAGCGAUUUCACCGAGACUGGUUCUCACCGUGGCGUUGAUGAUGACGAAUAUGAUCCAUUCUCAGAUCCAGUCAUGGUAUCGCCCACCGAGAGCCGCCGCAGCACUUUUGCUGCUUCUGUUGUCAGCUAUCCGCUUAGUGACUCGCAUCCGCUUAACAGCAGCAGCAGCAGCGACAGUGUACGCCUUACUUCGCCAUCACAUUCUCAAAGCGAAAACAGCAGCAUCAACAGCAGCAGCAGCAGCAGUCAUUAUGUGUUUGUCGACACAGAUGCUAGUACGAAUACAUUUCUGUCGAAUCCGCACGAAAAGACGCCGCCGGCAACCGGUUCCGUUGCUGAAAAUGUGACUCAACAACAAGAGCAGAACAGUACCCUUUCUCCGCCUCGUCCAAGCACACAACAAAGACCAUACCAAGCUCAGCUCACGCAAAUUCAUGAGAUGGGCCUGACUUUCUGUGAUGAACUCUCGCUACGUCUCUUACAAAAGUACGAUGGAAAUGUGGAUCGUGCGGUCCCGGAGAUUCUUGAACGCUUGUAUCCAGAAUAACCAAUGUACCUCCAAUCCAUCCACCUCUUUUUUGUUGUUUUUCAUUUUCCUCCUACUCCAAAAAAAAUAAAAUAAGAAUGACUACCCCUGUCCCCUGUUGUUGCUAGUAAUUGUCCCUCGUAAAAAGUUUGGUACAGUAGCAAAUAUAUUACGCGAUACCUGCCACAUACCCUGCAUGCAUCUUUCUUAGCACUUAAUAAUGCGCGCCGCUCUCACAUCAUGCGCCAAGACGGGUACAAACUUUCUUCUAGUGGCGCUUUGAGAGGAUGAUCAUCCAUCUGAUAUACAUCAGAAAGUAU